UAUUAAUGAUGAAAUGCGAGCCAGUGGUGUGAGGACUUCUCAUGACCUCCCAGACUCAACCCUGCUGUUUGUGAUGAACCACCCUCUGAUGGAGCAAGUUGUGACACCGAUCACUGGGAAGCCCCUGCUGGUCCGGUCUACGGCCCAGUUCUCCAGAAUUGUUGUUGACAAAGUAACCUCUCUGGAUGGAGAGCAGCACAACGUCAUGUUUAUUAGCAACAACUCUGGUUGGCUGCAGAAGGCGGUGUGGUCUGGUGAUGAUGGAGGGCGAAUCAUUGAGGAGUUGCAGCUGUUUAAGAAUCCUCAGCCCAUUCGCUUCCUUCAGCUCUCCUCUAGAAGAGGUCAGCUGUACAGCGCAACUAGAACUGCUGUUGCUCAGCUCAGUGUGAGGGACUGCAGCCGCUACACAUCCUGUGCUGACUGCCUUAUAGCCAGAGAUCCAUACUGUGGCUGGAACCGUCUCAAAGGCCUGUGUGCUGCUGUUGCUGGUGCUUCAAAAUUCUCCAUGAUCCAGAACCUCAUUGAUGGUGGUGUUAGAAUUUGCCCAAGCUCUCAUUGCAAGUAUUCCCCACAUAAAGCUCUUUACACACAUUUACCUUAGCGAGGAGAAAAGUAGGAUAAUUUUAAUGGCUGUUUUGGCUUCUC